AUUCCGAUGCCUUCCUUAAUCCUUCUUUCUCAAUUCUCUGCGCUCCCAAACUCAAAUCUGAUCUGAUCAAUCAUACAACGAGAUUCUCGACAUCAGAUAAUAGAGAAGCAAAAACAUUAAAUCAUAAGUUUGUUUGAGAGAGGAAACUAGGAAAGGAAGAAAUCCAAGCAACAAUGCGCGACGAAAAAUCGGCAGCACGUGAUCACAAGGAAACCCAGGGAAUGCGUGAAGAUAUUGACGAGGAAACGGCAUUGGAUGAUGUCAAAGCCCCAAAUCUGUUUGAGCGAGCGAAAGAGGAGGUUGAGGCUCUCAUCCAAACAAUUCAUUCCAAGAACGAGUCUCCAACUCAUGGAACAAGCAGAGAGAAAGGCAGAAAGGAAGAGCGCAAUCAGGAGAACCCGAAUUCUGGGCCAGAUUGUGAUGUCAGGAAACCUAAUUUUAUUGAGAAAGCUAAGGAAACCAUUGAAAAAAUCAUGCACCAUGAGAAGUCUCCACACCAUCAUCACAAAGAAACACAUGGCAUGAGCGAUGACAUUGACGAGAGUACUCCAAUCGAUGAGGUUAAGGGUCCAAGUGUUUUUGAAAGAGCAAAAGAAGAAAUUGAGGCUGUUUUUCAGGGGAUUCAUCCUAAGAAAGAGCAUUAAAAAAAAUUAUUAUAUUUAUAUAUUUUUCUUCCCUCACCAAGAAUGGAUGGGUGAAUUUGGGGUUCAAUAUAUAUUGGUAAAGGGUUUGUAAAGAUCGUGCUCCCCUAAGUCACAAGAAUGGUGAUAUAAAAUUGAUAUGACUUGAUAUUUGCUUUUCAUUGCUUAAAGUGUUUAGCUCUGAAAUCCAUUAAGGCUUAAAAGUUCUGAGUUUUUGUUUGUAAGAUUUGUGUGAAGAAAAAUGUUACUUAAGGUUUAGCUAGAGGAAAUGUGGACAUUGGAGUUGAUCAUGUACAUGCCCUUUGAGAAGCUAGAGAUGAUUGUAUUGUUUUGUAUACUUGAAAGCCACCCUUUAUAAGGGAACCCAAAAAGGAUCUAUAUAUUGUACUUAUUUAUAGAAUGAACAAAAGUGCUCAUUUUU